GCUGAAGUAAGAGAAAAUAUCAUCACAUCUAGCAUUCUAGUUCAUCUCCAAGUCUAACCGGUUUUGACAUCAGAGAAUUUGGCCUCGAAAAUGGGAGCUCCUGAUCUCUCACAUCACGUGUUCGAAGAAGGUCACGUCAACUGCUGAUUGGAUUGCUGUGCAUGCGCUCUCUCACCUUCUCUAUCCUUCUAGAGAGAAAUUUGAACCAUUUAGUUGAUUGAGAAGAGAGGAAAAAUGGGUGGCGAGGAACAUGGAGUUUCAGUUUGUGCUGCCUGCACCCACAACUGUCUAUUGUUCCACCAAACCAAACAAACAUCACCAACCUCUUUCUUCAAGUUCAUCACUAGACAAGAUUAUUUAACAACUUUGUGUAUUCCUCCUGCUUUUAGUGGUAUUGUGGCCAGCAUGGUUAAUAAGAAAAUCAAUCUCAAUGAUUCAACUGGGCAGCAGUGGAAGGUUAAAGUAUCAGAAGUUAAUGGUUCAUUUGCUUUUGGGGAGGGAUGGAGUCUUUUUUCAUCAGGUCAUGGGCUUAAAGUUGGCUAUCUUUUGGUACUCAAUUACAUUAAGGAUUUGCACUUUGAUGUCAAGAUCUAUGAUACUUCUGCCUGUGAAAAGCUUGGUCUUCCUAGAAAAAGAAAUCAGAAGAAAAGAAGCAGGAGCAAAAUUGGCUCACCAGUUAGAGAUAGUAUCUUGGUCAGACAAGAACUCGAUGCGCCAAGGCAGUGCAGCAAGUUUGACUUAGUAGUACCACAAAAGGCUAAAGAGAAUGGCCAAGAUGUGCUCAUACUAGAUCACAGUGAAGAAGACCCAUGUCAUUCAAAAAGCCUAGAAUUUGACCAGAGCCAUGGGGAUGAUGGGACCAUGAAAAGUCAGAACGGAGAUUUAAUAGUUUCUAAUGUUGAUUAUGAAUCCAAUAUCGUUGAAAACGAUGCAAUGAUACGCAGUAAGAAUACUAUGCUUGAAGGGGUCUUGAGUACUGAAGUUGCCUUGGAUAUAUCUGAACCUCUAGAGGCAGACACAUAUACAUAUGACAAGACUUUAGAUUCGAAAAUUGAAGAGAACAAAGCCAUCUUGUCCAACAGGGAAGCUCAAGAGUGCCAAUUUUCCAAGGGCUUAGGUGAAAUGAAGAAAUUGCCCGUGGACAUGAAUCCCAACUUGGGCAGCUCCAUGGAUGAAUUUCAUUUAACAGGUGAAGUGUCUAAAAAGUUGAAGAAAGAGCUUGUAACUCUCAAUGAAAUGGAAGCAACAGGAUUGCCCAAGGAAAUCAACGGACUGUUGGACUCUGACAUAUUUAAUGAAGAUAAUGCGAGUCACUUUAAAACUACACACGUCUCCUGUGUGGUUCCUCAUGAUAACGUUUUCCUUGAAUUGCCCUCAUGCCUGCCUUUGAUUCGCAAGGUAAAGGUAGAUCAGCAAAGGAAGAUGCUAGUAUUUCUUCGGGAUCCACUGAGGAGAUUGUGGCCGGUCUAUUAUCAUGAAAAACCACAUUUGAAAUUACUGGCACAUGGAUGGUUAGAUUUUAGCAGAGCUAAUAACAUUCAGCCAAAAGAUGAGUGUAUUUUUGAGACUGAGGUUGAUCCUGAGUGCAAGUCUAAACGUAUCUUAUCUGUUCAGAUAGUCCACAACAAGUGAUGUUUGUUGGUAUAUUAUUACAGAGAAGCAUAUGCAGUGUUGUUUGUGUCUGUUAUCUUUUGGGUACAUGCUAUAGACUCCUGUACCACAAUGCUUUCUUUUCAAUGAAGGACUUGUCAUCUA